GGCGCCAGAUCUUUGCGCGGUUGGUUCGGUCGAUUAUACAGAAUAAGACUUGCUAAGGGAUAAAACCUUCUAUCUAUCACAAGUACCCACGUUUCUUGCAUAAGGAUAAUAAGGACAAUGGCUCUAUUCCGUUGUACCGCAGCACGAUGCUUAGAAUUCCAAAAAAUAAGCUCAACAACAAUCAUCCGUUCUUUGUCAGCUGAGACAACGGAUUUGAAGAAAGUUCUUGCUGAGAAAAUCCCGAAAGAGCAGGAACGUGUAAAGAACUUCCGUAAACAGCAUGGAGGUACCAAAGUCGGUGAAGUCACUAUCGAUAUGAUGUACGGAGGUAUGCGUGGUAUCAAGGGUCUAGUUUGGGAGCCAUCAGUAUUGGACCCAGAAGAAGGUAUCAGGUUCCGUGGAAAGUCAAUCCCGGAGUGUCAGAAAUUAUUGCCGAAGGGCCCAGGUGGCUCCGAGCCACUUCCAGAAGGUCUCUUCUGGCUCCUGAUCACCGGAGAGCUGCCCACUGAGGCCCAAGUGAAAGCUAUCUCCAAGGAAUGGGCAGCCAGGAGCGCUCUGCCCGCCCACGUGACCAAGGCCCUGAACGACUUCCCGAAGACUCUCCACCCAAUGACCCAGUUCUCGGCGGCGAUCACGCUGCUCAACAGCGAGAGCGAGUUCGUUAAAGCCUACAGCAGCGGAGUCCACAAGUCUAAGUACUGGGAGACGACCUACGAGGACUCGAUGAAUCUGAUCGCUAAGCUGCCCGUGGUAGCUGCGACUAUCUACCGCAACAUCUACAAGAACGGCAAGGGCUUGGGCUCCGUCGACAGCGGCAAGGAUUGGUCCUGGAACUUCGCGAACAUGCUCGGUUAUGACAACAAGGAGUUUGUUGAACUGAUGAGACUCUACCUCACCAUCCACACGGAUCACGAGGGUGGAAAUGUAUCUGCCCACACUACUCACUUGGUCGGGUCCGCUCUCUCCGACCCCUACCUCUCGCUGGCCGCUGGUAUGAACGGUCUCGCUGGACCUCUUCACGGUCUGGCUAACCAGGAAGUCCUCGUUUGGCUGAUGAAGCUCAAGUCUCAGGUUGGAGACAACCCCUCCGAUGAGAAGCUCAAAGAAUUCAUCUGGAGCACGCUCAAGAGUGGACAGGUUGUUCCUGGAUACGGACACGCUGUGCUCAGAAAGACUGACCCUAGAUACACUUGCCAGAGAGAGUUCGCCAUGAAACACCUCCCCAAUGAUCCCAUGUUCAAGCUUGUCUCUCAAGUCUACAAGAUCGUCCCUCCAGUUCUAUUGGAGCUUGGCAAAGUAAAGAACCCAUGGCCCAACGUAGACGCUCACUCCGGUGUGCUCUUACAAUAUUACGGAAUGAAGGAAAUGAACUACUACACCGUGUUGUUCGGAGUAUCCCGAGCGCUUGGUGUUCUCUCCGCUCUGGUGUGGGACCGUGCUCACGGUCUCCCAAUUGAGAGGCCCAAGUCACUCAGCACAGAUCUCUUGAUGAAAUCUGUUGGAGCCUAAACAGGAUUAUUAGCAACUAUUGUUACUAGUUAAAGGUCACCGCGUGCAACAAUAGGCAUCAUCAAACAACCGAGGUCGUUUUAAUGUCAUCUUUACUUUAACACUAAUUAAUUAUUAUUAUUAGCGAUCUCGUACAAGCUCAUUUAUAUUAUCUAUUAUUACUAUCGUUACAUUUAACGUCGCUGUGUCGAGCAAUUAAUUAAUAAUCAAUUUAUUUUGGAUAGUAUUUUUUUCUGGUUCCGUUAAUUUGAUACUAGGUUUUUAUUUUGAGAAUUUAUAGGAAAAAAAAAAAAUUUUUGCGAUACAUCGAGUUAAAUGUAUGAAAAUAAUUGAUUUAAUGAAUUAGCUAAGGGAUUUUUUUCCCCCAGCUACAACCGAGUAUUUUAAAAUCUGAUUAGUUUUAUUUGAAAAUCAAAUUAUCAUUUAUACUCUCGUGUUUAUUUUAUUUACAUUACUCAUCAUCGUCAUUAUUAUAAUUAUUAUUAUUAUUAUUACCAUUAUUAUUACAAAUCAUGUUUAUUUAAAUAAAGUAAUAAAUUAAUUGAAUAUCAAUAAGUCACUGAAGUUAGAUGUUGAAGAACGGCAUUAACUUGUGGUCGAACGAAUGAUAUAAAAAAAUAAAAUCAUGUUUAUGGAGACACUAAAUACUGCCUAGAUGUUGUGACUAUUUUAGAGCUACAUUGUUAGAAUUAAUAAACGAACAAUAAUUAGAGGUUCAAUAAUAGCUGAUAAUGAUUGUUUGAGUAAGUAAAUCGAUCGAAAAAUUAUUUAAGUAAAUUUCGAUAAAAUAGGUCAUCAGCACUAAUGCCAAAUAUAUUUGGUGCUAGUCUGUAUUAUUGAUCGUUCAACAGUGUGUUCUUAAGUAAUAAAUAAAAAAAAAAACAAUACAAUAAUUUGAUAAUAAUAGAUAAUCAUAAUUUAACUUAAUUGUUAAAUCACUAGAUUAUUAAAAAAAAAUUUUUGAAUAAAUAAAUCAUUCGACAGGUUUUGACUUUGACCUCAGUUUUAAAAAUUUGUAUAAAAUGCGGGAUGAUCAACAUCCACUCUGAAUGAAUGAGUGUGUGAUACCUAAUUUAUAAUAAACGAGAAAAUAAAUAGAAAUCAUACAGUA